UCUCUUUUUAUUUCUAACACUGAUAUUCCAAGUCUCAACUUCAGUGGUGGGUGAGAGGAGGUCAUUAAAGAAUAUAUUCUAACACCGAGUUGUAUACUCUCUCUUUAUUUCUAACACUGAUAUUCGUCUCAACUUCAGUGGUGAGUGAGAGGAAGUCAUUAAAGAAUAUAUUCUAACACUGAGUUGUAUACUUUCCAUUAUUUGUAACACUGAUACUGAUUGAGAGAACCAGAAGAAAUGGAGAUGAGUUUCAGAAACAACCGUCAUCUUCUUCUUCUUUACUUUCUCUGUCUCCUGUUGUUGACUUUGGCGGCAUCCGAAGAUUCAUCGGCGAUCAUAUCACGAUUCCAGCACUACCUCCGAAUCAAUACCGCCCAUCCAAGCCCUAAAUACCAUGACGCCGUCGAUUUCAUCCUCUCCCAGGCCAAAUCCCUCUCCCUCGAAUCCCAAAUCCUAGAGUUCGUCAAGGACAAGCCCGUCCUCCUCCUCAAAUGGCCUGGCAAAAACCCUAAUCUCCCUUCCAUCCUCCUCAAUUCCCACACCGACGUCGUCCCCGCCGAGCACUCCAAAUGGACCCACCCUCCCUUCGACGCCGUUCUCGACCACACCAACGGUCAUAUCUACGCCAGGGGCUCACAGGACAUGAAGAGUGUGGGCUUGCAGUACCUGGAGGCCAUUCGCAAAUUGAAGAAAGCCGGGUUCGGGCCGGACCGGACGGUUUACAUUUCGUUCGUCCCCGACGAGGAGGUUGGUGGACACGACGGUGCAGAGAAGUUUGCUGAUUCGGAAGUGUUUAAGGAGAUGAAUGUUGGGAUUGUGUUGGAUGAAGGAUUGGCCUCGCCUGAUGAGAAUUACAGGGUGUUCUUCGGGGAGAGGUGCCCAUGGUGGUUGAAGAUCAAGGCCACUGGAGCUCCUGGGCAUGGUGCCAAGCUCUAUGAUAACACUGCAAUGGAGAAUCUGUUGAAGAGCAUUGAGAGUGUGAGGAGGUUCCGGGCUUCUCAGUUUGAUUUGGUUAAAGCUGGAUUGAAGGCAGAAGGUGAAGUCAUCUCGGUUAAUAUGGCCUUUCUAAAAGCCGGCACUCCAUCUCCUACUGGAUUUGUCAUGAAUCUGCAGCCAUCUGAAGCAGAAGCAGGCUUUGAUAUUAGAGUCCCACCAACUGCUGAUGAAGCAUCCUUGGAGAGGCGAAUCGCUGAGGAAUGGGCACCUGUUUCACGUAACAUGUCAUUUGAGCUUGGGCAGUUUAAGCAAAAGGUUUCCGUGCAUGACAAGUUUGGGAAGCCAAUCCUCACAGCAGUGGACAGUUCUAAUCCUUGGUGGAAUUUGUUAGAAGAAGCUGUCAAGAAUGCUAAUGGAAAACUUGGAAAGCCGGAGAUUUUUCCUGCCUCAACAGAUGCUCGCUACUUCCGGCUGCGAGGCUUGCCAGCAAUUGGCUUCUCUCCAAUGGCAAAUACUCCCAUUCUACUUCAUGAUCACAAUGAGUUUUUAAACAAGGACGAGUACAUAAAAGGAAUUGAUAUAUACGAGUCAAUAAUCAAAGCUUAUGCAUCUUUUGUUGAGCAUACAAGAAUUGAAGAAGGUUCCAGAGAUGAGUUGUAAGAAGCAGAGCAUGGUCAUCCUUUGUUUUCCCCAUUUGCAAGAAGAAGUUUUGGGAUCAGUUUCCGUUCACGUCUUCCAGUAAUGAGGGGGGAACUUGGGAAGCAAUGGGAUGAUGAAUGAUGAUGCCACAGUGAGGUGUUUCUUCACUAAUACUUGUUAUUAAGUAAACAAAAUAAAAGUAAAUAAAUAAAUGAAUGAUGAUGCGACGGUGAGGUGUUUUGAUAUAAUGUUUGUGCUUUUGAAGCUGUGCUAUUUGUAUUGUACCAUUAAUAAAUAUGGAGCUGCUGAUCUUAUAGGAGUUGUGUUAAGGUAA